AGCCGCCGGGGACGCAGAGCAGACAAAGCCGCGGCGUGGGGGCGCUGCCACUCGAGAGGGGGUGGGCCUGGGGGCUCGGAGGCCUCUCUUCUAGGUCGGUGGGCUCCGUGUGGGCGCCGCUCUCGGCCUGAACCGUCCGCCUCCCCUCGCAACAGGUCCGGCCUCCCCUGCCCCACCGCCCCGGCCCGGGCCCCGCACUGCUAUCUGGGGUCUAGUCCCCGCGCUCGCCGGGCGGAGUCUCCAGCCCGGCUCCUCGCUUCGAUGCGGUUCGGAUCCAAAAUGAUGCCGAUGUUUCUUACGGUGUACCUUAGCAACAAUGAACAGCAUUUCACAGAGGUUCCAGUUACCCCAGAAACAACAUGCAGAGAUGUGGUAGAGCUCUGUAAGGAGCCUGGAGAGAGUGACUGCCAUUUGGCUGAAGUGUGGGGCAGUUCAGAGCGUCCAGUUGCAGAUAAUGAGAGAAUGUUUGAUGUUCUACAGCGGCUUGGAGUCCAGAAAAGUGAAGUUCGUUUCUUUCUUCGCCAUGAACGUCCCCCUAACAGGGAUAUAGUGAGUGGACCAAGGAUUCAGGAUCCUAUCUCAAAAAGGAAUGGGGUUAAAGUUCCUGGUGAUCGAAGAAUUGAGAAUGGUGUUAAUAGUCCCAGGAUAGAUAUGACUCUUGCUGAGUUGCAAGAGAUGGCAACACGCCAACAGCAGCAGAUUGAGGCUCAGCAGCAAAUGCUGGCUACCAAGGAACAACGCUUAAAGUUUUUAAAGCAGCAAGAUCAGCGCCAGCAGCAACAAGCUGCAGAACAAGAAAAACUGAAGAGACUAAAGGAAAUUGCUGAGAAUCAGGAAGCCAAGUUGAAAAAAGUGAGAGCUCUCAAGGGUCAUGUAGAACAGAAAAGACUCAGUAAUGGAAAACUUGUGGAGGAAAUUGAACAGAUGAAUAGUUUGUUCCAGCAGAAACAAAGAGAGCUGGUUCUGGCUGUGGCAAAAGUUGAGGAACUCACCAGACAACUGGAGAUGCUGAAGAAUGGUAGAAUUGAUGGAUACCAUGACAACCAGUCUGCAGUAGCUGAGCUCGAUCGACUAUACAAGGAACUGCAGUUAAGAAACAAAUUGAAUCAGGAGCAAAAUGCCAAACUACAGCAACAGAGGGAGUGUUUGAACAAGCGCAAUUCCGAGGUGGCAGUCAUGGACAAGCGUGUGAACGAGCUGCGGGACCGUCUGUGGAAGAAGAAGGCAGCGCUGCAGCAAAAGGAAAAUGGACCAAUUUCAUCUGAUGGGAAUCUUCCUCAACAAGUGGUAUCAGCUCCAAGUAGAGUGGCGGCAGUAGGUCCCUACAUCCAGUCCUCCACUAUGCCACGGAUGCCCUCACGGCCAGAACUUCUGGUGAAAGCACCUUUUCCAGAUGGCUCUUUAACCACGCAGGCACCGGACAGUCUGCUCAAAACACAAACUCUACCUAAUAUGAGAGCUGGGGCUGUCUCACAAGCAAAAGGCUCUAAAGUCCAUCAAGCUGGCCAUGAUUGGAAUCAUUCAAACACAGAUCUCUUACCUCUCCAGGGAUCAGCCUCUUUACCUAAAAACUCAAUGAAUUCUGCUGAACAAGUUGAUGAUGGUGAGAUACCACUGAGGGAAAAAGAGAAAAAAGUACGUCCCUUCUCAAUGUUUGACACAGUAGACCAAGCUGCUGCCCCACCACCCUUUGGUAUGCUAAGGAAAAAUCAGAGCAGUGAAGACAUUUUACGGGAUGCCCAGACUGCCAGUAAAAGUGUGGUGAAAGUCCCUCCGCCUGUCCCAACAAAACCAAAACAGAUUAAUUUACCUUCAUUUGGACAAACUAGUCCGCCAGGGUCAGAUGGUAAGCCUGAUGGAAAUCUUCAGAAGUUGCCAUCAAGUGUUAUGUCCUGGGGAAACAAACAGAAAUUAGUAGAGCAACAGCAGCUCCAUCAGAGGGUUGCCCUGCCUCCCACUGUACCUGUAGCUGGCCAGGACCAAGCCCUUUCUCCAAAUUUCAAGCAGGACAGUCCACCUGCUGCAGCAGUCCGGCCUUUUACCCCACAGCCUUCCAAAGAGACUUCUCUUCCACCCUUCCGGAAACCACAGACUGUUGCAGCAAGUUCAAUAUAUUCCAUGUAUACCCAGCAGCAGGCUCCUGGAAAGAACUUCCCACAGGCUGUGCAGAGUGCUGUGACCAAGACACAUACACGAGGCACUCAUUUUUCAAGUGUAUAUGGAAAGCCUGUGAUUGCUAGUGCCCAAAACCAACAACAGUCAGAAAAUAUAUAUUCCAGUAGUCAGGGAAAACCUGGCAGUCCAGAACUGGAAACAGAGCCCGUAUCUUCAGCCCAGGAGAAUCAUGAAAAUGAACGAAUUCCUCGCCCACUCAGUCCAACAAAAUUACUCCCCUUUUUAUCUAACCCUUACCGAAAUCAGAGUGAUGCUGACUUGGAAGCCCUACGUAAGAAACUGUCAAAUGCGCCAAGACCACUAAAGAAGCGGAGCUCAAUUACAGAGCCAGAGGGUCCAAAUGGGCCAAAUAUUCAGAAACUCUUGUAUCAGAGGACCACUCUGGCUGCCAUGGAAACUAUUUCUACCCCAUCAUACUCUUCCAAGCCAACUAUAGUGGCUACCAGCCCUGAAAGCCCAGUGGAAAUCCAGAAUCCAUAUCUAACUGCAGAACCAGAGAAGGAAGUGGUUUCUGUCUCUCCUGAACCAGUUUCCACAGAGGAAGUAGAAAGUGCCAUUACAGAAGAAAAUGAAAUAUCAGUGCCUUCUCCUGGUCUUGAUUGUGUGCCUGAGGGAAUGCCAGAUACCAACAGUCCUACUCAAACUCAUGUAGAAGAACCAAAUUUAGAGGUAUCCAUCCCACUCGAAGUAUAUUUGGAGGAGUACCCACCGUAUCCACCCCCACCAUACCCAUCUGGAGAACCAGAAGGAUUAGGAGAGGAUUCUUUCAGCAUGCGCCCUCCUGAAAUCACUGGGCAGUUUUCUUUGCCUCCUGGCAAAAGGACAAACUUGAGAAAAAUUGGCUCAGAGAGAAUUGCUCAUGGAAUGAGAGUAAAAUUCAAUCCCCUUGCUUUACUUUUAGAUUCAUCUUUGGAAGGAGAAUUUGACCUCGUGCAGAGAAUUAUUUAUGAAGUUGAUGAUCCUAGUCUGCCUAAUGAUGAAGGUAUUACAGCACUUCAUAAUGCUGUUUGUGCAGGUCACACAGAAAUUGUGAAAUUCUUGGUGCAGUUUGGUGUGAAUGUAAAUGCUGCAGAUAGUGAUGGAUGGACUCCAUUACACUGUGCUGCCUCUUGUAAUAAUGUUCAGGUGUGUAAGUUUCUGGUAGAAUCAGGAGCCGCUGUGUUUGCUAUGACUUACAGUGACAUGCAGACUGCUGCAGAUAAAUGUGAAGAAAUGGAAGAAGGCUAUACUCAGUGCUCUCAGUUUCUGUAUGGAGUUCAGGAGAAAAUGGGCAUAAUGAAUAAAGGUGUCAUCUAUGCACUUUGGGAUUAUGAACCUCAAAAUGAUGAUGAACUGCCCAUGAAGGAAGGAGAUUGCAUGACAAUCAUCCGAAGGGAAGAUGAAGAUGAAAUUGAAUGGUGGUGGGCACGGCUCAAUGACAAGGAAGGUUACGUGCCUCGAAAUUUGCUGGGACUGUAUCCAAGAAUUAAACCACGACAAAGGAGCUUGGCGUGAAACCUUUUGGAAUCGUUAUGAAGUACUAAUCUGUGUUAUUAAAAAGAAGUAAUGUGAUUGGUGUGGGCACAAUUUGCAAGUCUUUCUCUCCGUGACAGUGUAACUAACUUGAAAGCAAUGAAGAAUGUGCUUUAGAAGCAAAUGAAGGAUUGACUAAUUCCAUUGAGAACCUUCAACACACUGGAAUGGUGCUUAUAAGCAAGUGGAAUUUGCCCUUUGAGGGGUAAAGAAGCUCCAGACUUGAGCAUGUGGCACUCAUAUGGACAAUGAUGCAGUGCCAUCUAAAUGUUCUGUUUUUUAUAAAAGAAAAAACCUUUUAUCAGUAGGAAAUUCACAUUCUGCCGAAGUGACUUUAUUUUGGAGCCAGCCUCAGUAAAUGACUAUAAUCAUCUUGUGCACACCACAGCGGGCUAAUGCCAUCUCAGCCUGCCCAGGAGCACCCAGGAGCACCUUUGGAUAAGCAGAGCAUUUUCUCAAGUGACUCAGUUGAAGUUGUGAAAAGACAGUACCAUAGUUUGUACUGACCUGAAGAACCAUUAUCUAGUCUUAAGUGAGCAAUAACUUUAUAUGAGUGCUGUAGCAUCUUAAUAAUUUACACACAUAUUUUGAAUAUUAUGCUAUAUUACAUGUAAUUUAGAUUUAGAAUCUUGUUUUUCACCCGAAUUUUGAUUCUGUAUUUAUUGUCUUUUGUAUUUUGGAAUUUAAAUGUAGAAACAUUCUGUAGACUUACCUUUAAAAUUUGUCAGAAUUUUAUCUGAUUUUAUUUUUUUUGUCAAUUGUGAUAAAAUAAAAUUUUUGUCUCUUUA